CCAAAGUCGCGCUCUCUUCGAUAAAACGCCGCCAUACGUUGUCAACACAGUAGCGCUAACUACACGUGAGCGCUGUCCCGCACGACAUCUCGGCACUGCGAAGCUGCUCGCUGCCGUGAUCGACGGCCAAUUCACGGCAGAGCGCGGCAGCAACAAAGCGCCAUGGCCGCCUACGCCGACGCCCGUGCCGCCGCCAACUCGGUGCUGCCGCUCGCCACCGACGCGCCGCUCUACGACAAGAUCCGGCGGCGCACGCGCGAGGACGGCGUCGAGGCGAUCGGCAGCAUCAAGGACUACACGCUCGUCGAGUGCUUCCGCACGCACGAAGGCAAGCGCCAGCUCCUGCUGGGCAUGAAGAAGCGCGGCUUCGGCGUCGGCAAGUGGAAUGGUUUUGGAGGGAAGUUCGACGCGGGCGAGACCGUUCGAGACUGCGCGUUGCGGGAAUUGGAGGAGGAGAGCGGCCUCGUGCCCGAGCGGAUGGAGUGGCGCGCGCAGCUGCUGUUCACGUUCCGCGACUCGGGCAAGCUCAUGCGCGUCCACGUCUUCGCGGCGGAGGGCUUCGCGGGCGAGCCGGUCGAGACGGAGGAGAUGGCGCCGCGCUGGUUCGACGUCGACGCCAUCCCCUACGCGGAGAUGUGGCACGACGACACGUUCUGGCUGCCGCGCUUCCUGGCGGGCGAGCGCUUCGAGGGCUGGUUCGACUACGCGGCGGGAGGCGAGGCCACGAACCGCGUCCUCGCGCACGAGGUCGUGCCGCUCCCGUCGUCGACGCCGCUCAAGCCGCCGCGCGCGGACCGGAACUUCAUCUCGCCGCCCUAGUCUAUCUCUCUAAGUCUUGUUCGUCC